GAUGAUUCCGAGUAGAAACGUGGUGUGGCAAUAAAGUGCGCUGCUUUGAACGUCAGUGAUAUACCUUUACUGAGAUUUAUUCAGCAUUUUGUGAUAAGUUCUCUACGAAAGGCGUACAAAAUGACACAAAACGAAGAGAAAUUCGACGGAAUGUUGCUAGCUAUGGCCCAGCAACACGAAGGCGGUGUACAAGAGCUUCUCGACACAAUCUUCAGUUUUCUCGCUAGAAAAACUGAUUUUUACACCGGAGGAGGUGAGGGAGCUGCAGAAAAGCUUGUUACUAGCAAAUUUAAAAAAUAUGAAGCUACCGCGCUUGCCAAGGCUGCCAGUGAGAAAGCAGAACGUGCUGAACAAGAAAGACGCCGUAAGGAAAGAUUGGAAAAGAAAAAGAGAGAGGAGAGGGCUGAGGAAGAAAAGUUGAAUUCAGAAUCUAAGAUUGUUGAAUUAACGGACGAACAGGCUGCUAAAUUACAAGAGGAAAUAAAUAGUAAGAAAUUGGAGAAGGAGACACCUGCAGUUCCUGGACCUAGCAGUGAGAGAAUCGAGAAUGAGACUGAUAAGAAGGAAGAGAACUUGGAGGACGAGGAAGAGGAUGAAAAGGAGAAAAACAAACUGAGACCUAAUAGUGGAAACGGAGCCGACCUGCCAAACUACAGAUGGACCCAGACACUUCAAGACUUGGAGAUCAAAGUCCCGUUGAAAGUAAAUUUCUCGGUCAGGCCUAAGGACGUUUCGGUGACGAUCACGAAGAAGCACUUGACCUGCGCUAUAAAGGGUCAACCACCCAUCAUCGACGGUGAUUUCCCACACGAAGUCAAGGUCGAGGAGUCCACCUGGGUGAUCGAGGAUGGAAAAAUGUUGCUUAUCAAUUUGGAGAAGGUGAACAAAAUGCAAUGGUGGGCACACGUGGUGACAACCGAUCCUGAGAUCAGCACGAAGAAAGUGAAUCCUGAACCCAGCAAACUGUCCGAUCUCGACGGUGAGACCAGAGGUUUGGUAGAGAAGAUGAUGUACGAUCAAAGACAAAAGGAAUUAGGCUUGCCUACUUCCGAUGAGCAGAAGAAACAAGACGUGAUCAAAAAGUUCAUGGAGCAGCAUCCUGAGAUGGACUUCUCUAAAUGCAAAUUUAAUUGAACUGGUUCAAUUUAAUGAUAUGGAGAUGAUUGAUCGUUGGUCAGGCUAUUGUUAGAUCAAAUGGAAAAAGAAAUUAUAUUAUCAGCCACGUCGAUGAAAUCCCAACGAAGCUCUUCUGAUAUCAUCUCGUUAAUUAUCUCGACGUUAUUUGCACCUAUCUCUGAUACUCGUUUGCUACCAGGUUCUAAGAAAUCGCUGUUCGACGAAAGAUGGCACCACAGUCCUCACGAAAAGGCCUCUUUCUCGUUCACUUCUUUAUCUUCUGUUCUCGCUCUUCCUUUCGUCUCUCGUGAAUUCAAAUGGAAAAGCAGGAGCAGACUCGAGUUGCACAAAAGUGUAUCAUGAUUUUUUCACCUUACGUUUCAUAUUAUUGAAUAAUAAAAAGUUUAGAGAAAAA